UAAUUAUUAUGAGACGUCAAUUAUAGACGUCACGCUAAUGUCAACUAAACGAGAGACUUGACGUGUUGUUAAAAUACAAAAAUCCCUUUGCCGAUGAUACUUUUCUAACUAAUAUAACCUGAAAGAUGUGGGAAAUUAUAAUUCUUUUAAUAUUAUCUGCGGUGGCCUUCUUUAUAACAGAUGAAUUAAUACCUAAUCUUACAGACCUGUUUGUUAAAGCCGGUCUGUUUGGAAUAGAUUUAUGUAAAACUAGUAAGAAGAAAAUUCCAGAAGCUAUAGGUGUCAUAUCUGGUUGUGUCUUUUUAAUAACAAGUUUUUUAUUUAUACCCGUUGUUUUUGGCAAUGGCUUAAUGGACACGCAACACUUUCCUCACAAUGAAUUUGCUGAAGUUCUGGCUGGAUUGUUGUCAAUCUGUUGCAUGCUGCUCCUUGGGUUUGCCGAUGAUGUUUUAGAUUUGCGAUGGAGAUAUAAACUGUUAUUGCCAACAGUGGCAUCACUACCUUUGCUUGUAGUGUAUUAUGUUAACUUUAACUCUACUACUUUUGUAGUUCCAAUUCCACUGAGACAAUGGUUGGGAGUUUCCAUCAAUAUCGGUGUACUCUAUUACGUCUAUAUGGGAAUGUUGGCUGUUUUCUGUACAAAUGCUAUAAAUAUACUGGCUGGUGUCAAUGGGCUUGAAGUUGGGCAGUCUGUAGUUAUAGCAUUAUCAAUCAUUCUUUUUGAUAUAAUUGAACUGAAAGGAGAUCAGUUUAAAGCUCACACAUUCUCUUUACAUAUAAUGAUUCCUUACCUGGCUACAACAUUAGCAUUGUUAAAACAUAAUUGGUAUCCUUCCAAGGUGUUUGUAGGAGAUACAUUUUGCUAUGUUUCUGGAAUGACAUUUGCAGUUGUAGCUAUAUUAAGUCACUUUAGUAAGACAGUUUUACUGUUUUUCUUGCCACAAAUUAUAAACUUUUUAUACUCGGUGCCUCAACUAUUCCACAUUAUUCCAUGUCCAAGGCAUCGUUUACCAAAAUAUAGUGAGGAGACUGAUUUACUUCAUGCAAGCAGAACAAUAAUAGUAAAAAAGGAAAUGACUGCACUAACUAAAUUAAUACUUCGUGUCUUAACUAUGUUACAUCUUAUUGAUAAGAUUGAAGAUGAAGAAAGUAUAACUAUAAACAAUAUGACACUUAUAAAUUUAUUUUUAAUAAAAUUAGGGCCAAUACCUGAAGUACAAUUAACUAAAAAGCUUAUGAUGUUUCAAGGUUUUUGUACAGGUGUAGCUUUCAUUAUAAGAUAUCCAUUAGCAUCAUAUUUUUAUGAUAGUUAAAAGUUGAUGAAAGUAAUGUAAGUUGAAUUAAGCACAUGACAUAUUGUAACCUUAUUAAUUCUUCAAGUUCUUGUAAUUAGACUGAUACUGCUGUACUAGGUAAGGGCGUGGCGAGACGCAAGUAGUGGUUGAUCAAUUACCAAUCUGAACCAAUUAAUAACCUCAGUGUGAAUUAAUAUUUUUUUACUUUAUUUUGUGCACUGCUACUUACAGCUUUGGGGGUUAAGGCACGAUGUUAUGUUUAUAUAUAGUAGCUCGUUAAUUUUCAUUUUAAAAUAUUUCUAAAUUUACCUACAAUAUUGCAAAUCCAUUAAUGUUGAAUGCUGAUAAAUACACAGGUUCAUGGAGUAUUUACGUAUUUCAUUUGAUAAGCAGGCAACAAUCAAAUUUGGACGUUGUAAUCUACAUUUUAUUUUAGGGAUGUAUUAUAUAAGAGGAUAGCCAAAGAUAAAAAUGAAUGUGAUAAAAAUAAUAAAUUUUCACAAUGUAAACAAUUUACAUUACCUCAUUCAUUGCUCUUUGUCUUAAUGGUACAUAGUUAGUGUUAUUUAGUUCCUUAAAAAUAGUAAUGGUUGUUAAUAUUUUUAUAUGUUGUUUAUUAAAUAUAUACAAUAAAUACUAAGGAAUAACAAAAUCACGUUAUUUAUUUUCGAUACAAUACAAUAAUUUCAUUCAUCACAUUUAUUAAUUAAAAGUUCACAUUUGCAGCAAAUGUCUUUUUACAUGGAUUUUGUAAGUGUGUAAAAUAGAAAACUAGUGACUGCACUAGUUUAUAUCUAUAAGUGGUACACCUAACGCCCUUAUUUCACUUGUUAUUACUUCAACAGAAUCAAAUAAAUUAGGCACAAGAUUUUUUUAUACUACAAAUAAAAUAAAUCAAUUAUAAUAUAAAUUACUUAAUGAUUAUUAAUUUUAUUUAAGUUUUUAUUGAAACGAAUAAAGCUCCAUUCUUCAGUUUAUUAAUUAUAGAUCACCAUCAGGUUUUCGUACUCUAAAUAAAAUGUAUGCUCCUUUUCAAAAUUAUAAUAUAAAUACAACUUAAGUAUCGUUAAAGUCAAGUACCUAUGUUCUGUAAUAACAUUGAAUUAAGAUAUUCACUCUGCAAUGUUUGGGCAGUUUUAUAAUCUGCUCUAAGCAUCAAAUAGCUUGCAUGGUUGCAUGUUAUAUUUGUUUUGCUCAAUCAUACCAUGAUAAUUUGGAAUAUAUACACCGUGAAAUCCGUUUCAUUUUCGUCCCGAAGUAAAAUGGUUAUGUCUUGGUAAUACAAUAGUUUUACAA